UCUCUCUAACAUUUGGAAUUAUUGGGAGGACAGAGCAGAGUACACUGAUCAGCAGUUGGCUCCUCAAAAGCUGUGCCUCAAUUUCAAACUCUGUUCCAUGCAAAAAAAUCUCCCAUCAUUAGCUUCUUUCUCUUCUUCACCCUCGCUAUCCUCCUCGUUCGGGAUCGAUCGUUCCCGGCUCAAGAAAUCGAACACGAGACGCCUUCUCUCUCUCUCUCUCUCUCUCUCUCAAGCCCUGUUCUAUUGGUUUCUAGCAUUUGGUUCGCUCUUCUCCGUCCGUACAGGAAGUCCAGCUGAAAGCAAAGGAAGGCAGGAUGUUAGCCUGUAGUUUCAUUAACUGCCGCUCUAUCAUUGACCUUGCUUUUUCGCAAUUCAUAUUUCAAAAUUCCAACUUUAACGUGACCCAAGAUUGCGAAUUUUGAGGAAGAUCUCUUGAGACGAAUCAUUACUCUCGUUAAAAAUUGAUGGGUUUUCAGUUGGCAAGAAAAUGCAUUUGCCUUUUGCGUAGUUGAGGCUCUGGGUAUAACUCCGAGAGGUGGGAUUUUUUGGACUAUCAAAGGUGGUUUGGUGGGUUCCUUGUGAAUUAAGCAUCUUUGUUUUGCCCCUAAUUUGAGAGAAAUGUUAGAGGAGCCUCAGUUUUGUUCUUCUCGGGUUUUGUCGCCGUUCCGCGAGGAAAGCGGCGACGAGGAGCUCUCCGUGCUUCCGAGGCACACCAAAGUCAUUGUGACUGGAAAUAACCGGACCAAGUCUGUAUUAGUGGGACUUCAAGGCGUUGUCAAGAAGGCAGUUGGCCUCGGUGGCUGGCACUGGCUGGUUCUGAAAAAUGGGGUUGAAGUCAAGCUACAAAGGAACGCGUUAAGUGUGCUUGAACAUCCAACGGGCAAUGAAGAGGAUGAUGAUUAUGAUUUCGACUCUAGCAGCGGCUCUGAAACCGUUGAAAAGGAUCGUCAUUUCUGUGAUCUUUUCAUCCAAACAGCCAGUAGCUUUGACUUCCACAAAUUUUGCAAGCCAAGAGUUAGGCAUAUGAGGCCAUGGAUCACAUCUGCACCAGCCAAAUCAGUGAACCGAGGAUGCUAUAGAGAUGUACAAUCCAUUAUUCAGACUCCUCAGCUGAGGGUAAACCUGUCGAAACUAGGGACGAGUUCGCUGUGGAGAUAUUGCAAACAUUACAAACUUGUGAACACCAGUUCCAAUCUUGGAAGGGAACAGAUGCUUAAAGCCGUGGGUCGGCAUUUCGCAUCACAGCAAGUGAACGAGAGAGAAGUGAUCAUGGACUUCAUCCGUCUGGCCAAAAAACAAAAAGCGGGCGACACCCGCGAUUACUGACUACUCCUCGAACGCCGGGGUGCUUGUGAUUAGAGUGCUCACUCCUCAAACCCUAACACCUUUAGAUGACUGAUAGAAUGAUGUGUGGAAACGGUUGGUAUGAGAAACCAUGUUCAUUAUCUCACAGAUCCUAACCCAUUUAGUCGUGACUGAAGUCUGAAGGCUCAUGCAGCAUAACGCUUUUUAACUGUUAAUUCCAACUUUUAGCGGUCUCCAUCUCUUCUCUUUCAA